CGGUAAUGCUAAAGUUAAUCCAAUUAACCCUUGAACUUUGUGGAGGAAAUAAAAAUCCAUGUCGGCUUAUACAGCCGUACAGCUAAGCCAAAUCACAUAUCCAACGCAAGAUGGUUGAAAAUUUGGGUACAAAAUCAAGUGGUUCAAUUGUUUUUAGCAUUCUCCGUCCGUGUUAUAAUUCUUCGUCACUGUCAUGUCAGCUUGGAGCUCGUGCUGGAUCUUCCCGAUCUCAUGUUCCAUUUUUAAAAGUACACCUUCUUAAAAUGAGAAAAUUAAACUCUGAUUCUGAUCACAACGCCACAAGUUACCAGCAUAAUUAUCUACGAGCGCUUCCAAUAAGUACUAGCAAUAACUCUGACUCUGACUCUCCAUGCACAUGUGAUCGGACGGUCGACUCGCGCGCUUGUUUCUCUCUCAAAAUCGGCGGCCCUGAUCAGCUUGUCCUCAAUGAAAAGCUUCAACAAUCAGGGUACGUAGCAUAUAUUUAUACGAUCCUUCCUAUCCCUUGACAUCAAAUGGUAUUACCAUAUUUAUUUGUCCCAGGCUCGUUUAUCUCUCUUCCUCUUCCUUCUCUGGCUUUCAUACCCUGUUUCUCGCAACCAAUCCCUCAGCAAUGUCUAGCUCCAGAAAGAAGCUUUUUUUCAACACUGUGUCCGUCGACCUGGGCUGCGGCAGUUGCAGGAAACCAAGGAUUUCUCUUUCUCACAUACUCUACCCCAAGACCAAGCCUCGCAAGCCAACUAACCAAAAGCCCCCGCUUCACAACUAUUGUUCUUCAAGCUCCUGGGACAACGACACCACCACCUCCAUAUUCUCUCCUUACGGCAGCUCUUCUCAGUUUUCCAGCUGCGACAACACCGCGAGGGCACCGAAGACGGUGAGGGGUCUGGGCAGGGUGGGAGGCCAAGGCGUGGCGGUGGAGAAAGAUUCCGACGACCCUUAUUUGGACUUUAGGCAUUCCAUGCUCCAAAUGAUAUUGGAGAACGAGAUUUACGCCGCGGAUGAUCUCAGAAAGCUUCUGCAGUGCUUUCUUCUGCUCAAUUCCCCGCACCACCAUGGGGUUAUUGUCAGAGCUUUCACGGAGAUCUGGAAUGGGGUGCAUUCUGUGAAGCCCAGCUCACCCAAGCUUUGCUUGUCGCGCAAGUCACGCUGGCUGCUUUAUUUGAAUAUUUGUAAUUAAAACCUGUAAAGAGAGGUAGGUUGCAAUGAAUCAAUAAGGC